UGCGCGGCGAGAGGCUCGAGAAAGAGGCUCCUGCCCUGACCGGCGCUUGAGGCAAAGUUCUUCCCGCCAGGACAAGGCCCUGUCUCCCCCUGGCUGCUCCCGCCAUGGGGGAUGUGAAGAAUUUCCUUUAUGCCUGGUGUGGCAAGCGGAAAGUCACCCCAGCUUAUGAGAUCCGUGCUGUGGGUAUCAAGAACCGACAGAAGUUCACAUGUGAGGUUCGAGUGACAGGCUUCAAUUAUAUUGGUAUGGGUAACUCCACAAACAAGAAAGAUGCACAAACCAAUGCCGCAAGAGACUUCCUUAAUUACCUUGUUCGAGUGAAUGAAAUCAAGAGCGAAGAAAUUCCAGCUUUUGGAGCAGAAGUCGUGAGUGCUCCGGCUGGAGGUGUAGCUGGAACAGAAGAAGGUGGAGAUAGAGGUGAUGCUCCUUUGGGAGGGCCGGAUCCUCCUCAUCUGGCUCUCAAAGCAGGAGUAGAGGAUGGUGCUCCUGCGAUUGGAAGCUCUGGCUAUGGUGGAGCUCAGUGGGACCGUGGAGCCAAUUUGAAGGAUUACUAUUCCAGGAAGGAAGAACAGGAGGCCCAGGCAACCUUGGAGUCAGAAGAAGUAGACUUAAAUGCUGGCCUUCAUGGAAAUUGGACCUUGGAGAAUGCCAAGGCACGCCUGAACCAGUUUUUCCAAAAGGAGAAGAUGCAGGGAGAAUAUAAAUAUACUCAAGUGGGACCUGAUCACAACAGGAGUUUUAUUGCAGAAAUGACCAUUUAUGUCAAGCAGCUGGCCAGAAGAAUCUUUGCUCGUGAGCAUGGCUCAAAUAAAAAGCUGGCAGCACAGUCCUGUGCUCUGUCUCUGGUCAGACAACUCUAUCACCUGAGUGUCAUUGAACCUUACUCUGGGCAGACCAAGAAGAAAGAAGGUGAAUCGGUGGAGCCCUAUGAAGUCAACCUCUCUGUUGAUUUGGAAAGUCAACUGCAAAGUGUUAUAGAAGAGAUGGGUCUUGAAAUCGUUCCACCGCCUGAGGAUCCCAGCUUCCCUGCCAUACUCAACCUUGGAAAACUGGCCCAUUUUGAACCAUCCCAAAAACAGAAUCAAAUGGGCGUUGUGCCAUGGUCACCCCCUCAGUCAAACUGGAAUCCAUGGACCAGCUCCAAUAUUGACGAAGGUCCUCUGUCAUAUACCACGCCAGAGCAGAUAAGCAUUGACCUGAAAAGCAACCUCAUGUAUCAGCUGGAAAAUGAUCAAGAGCUACUGAAAAUUCUUCAAGAGAGGGAAACCUUGCCUGUGAAGAAGUUUGAGCAAGAGAUUCUGGAAGCCAUCCAUCAGAAUUCUGUUGUCAUCAUCCGUGGGGCGACAGGUUGUGGCAAAACCACACAGGUUCCACAGUACAUCCUGGAUGAAUUCAUCCACAGUGGAAGAGCUGCUGAAUGUAGCAUUGUUGUGACUCAGCCCAGGAGGAUCAGUGCUGUUUCUGUGGCAGAACGAGUGUCCUACGAGAGAGGAGAAGAACCUGGGAACAGCUGUGGCUACAGUGUCCGCUUUGAAUCGGUGCUUCCUCGGCCUCAUGCCAGUGUGAUGUUCUGCACUGUAGGUGUCCUCCUGAGAAAGCUGGAAGCUGGUAUCCGAGGAAUCAGUCAUGUUAUCGUGGAUGAAAUCCAUGAGAGAGAUAUUAACACAGACUUCCUGCUGGUGGUUCUGCGAGACGUCGUUCAGGCCUACCCUGAAGUUAGAGUCAUCCUCAUGUCUGCCACCAUUGAUACCAGCAUGUUCUGUGAAUACUUCUUCAAUUGCCCCAUCAUUGAAGUCUAUGGCAGAACCUUCGCAGUUCAAGAGUAUUUUUUGGAAGACUGCAUUCAGAUGACUAAAUUCAUUCCUCCACCAAAGGACAAGAAGAAGAAAGAUAAGGAUGAAGAAGGCGGUGAAGAUGAUGAUGCCAAUUGCAACCUUAUCUGUAGUAAUGAAUAUGGCCCAGAAACAAGACACCGCAUGUCCCAGCUGAAUGAGAAGGAAACCCCCUUUGAGCUCAUUGAGGCCCUGUUGAAGUACAUUGAGACCUUGAAUGCACCAGGAGCAGUCCUUGUCUUUUUGCCUGGCUGGAAUCUGAUAUACACCAUGCAGAAAUACCUGGAAAUGAACCCACACUUCGGGAGCCAGCGGUACAGAAUCCUCCCUCUGCAUUCUCAGAUUCCUCGAGAGGAGCAGCGCAAAGUGUUUGACCCAGUGCCCCCUGGAAUGACCAAGGUAAUUUUGUCCACCAACAUUGCAGAGACCAGCAUUACCAUCAAUGAUGUUGUCUACGUUAUUGAUUCUUGCAAGCAAAAGGUGAAACUGUUUACUGCUCACAACAACAUGACCAACUAUGCCACUGUGUGGGCCUCAAAAACUAACCUAGAGCAGCGGAAAGGACGAGCUGGUCGUGUCCGCCCUGGAUUCUGUUUCCAUCUCUGCAGCAGAGCUCGCUUUGAGAGGCUUGAGACUCAUAUGACCCCUGAGAUGUUCCGAACACCCCUGCAUGAAAUUGCUUUGAGCAUCAAACUACUAAGACUGGGAGGGAUUGGACAGUUCCUGGCCAAAGCUAUAGAGCCACCCCCUCUGGAUGCGGUGAUUGAAGCAGAGCAUACACUCAGAGAGCUCGAUGCCCUGGACUCCAAUGAUGAACUGACACCUCUUGGGCGAAUUUUGGCUAGGCUCCCCAUUGAACCUCGCCUUGGGAAGAUGAUGAUAAUGGGAUGUAUUUUCUAUGUGGGAGAUGCUGUAUGUACCAUCUCUGCAGCCACCUGUUUCCCCGAGCCGUUCAUCAGCGAGGGAAAGAGAUUGAGUUACGUCCACAGGAAUUUUGCUGGAAACCGAUUUUCUGAUCAUGUGGCCCUGCUUUCCGUGUUCCAAGCCUGGGAUAAUGCCAGAAUGGGUGGGGAAAACGCAGAAAUCCGCUUCUGUGAGCACAAGAGACUCAACAUGGCAACACUCCGAAUGACUUGGGAAGCCAAAGUGCAGUUGAAAGAUAUACUUGUUAGCGCUGGAUUCCCAGAAGAAUGCUUGAUGACGCAAAUGUUUAAUAACACUGGACCAGAUAACAGUCUGGAUGUCGUUAUCUCUCUGCUGGCUUUUGGCUUGUAUCCCAAUGUCUGCUUCCACAAGGAGAAGAGGAAGAUUCUCACCACUGAGGGGCGCAAUGCACUCAUUCACAAAUCAUCAGUUAACUGCCCAUUCAGCAGUCAAGACAUGAAGUACCCUUCUCCAUUCUUUGUAUUUGGAGAAAAGAUCCGGACACGGGCCAUCUCUGCCAAAGCAAUGACUUUAGUGAGCCCUUUGCAGCUGCUGCUCUUUGGCUCAAAGAAAGUUGUAUCUGAUGGAGAGAUCAUUAUGUUGGAUGACUGGAUCAAAUUACGGAUGCCUCACAACGUAGCUGCCUUUAUCGCUGCCUUGCGUGCAGCAAUGGAAGCCCUUGUGGUGGAAGUAACUAAAAACCCAGAAAUCAUCAGUGACAUAGAUCCACUGAACAAACAGAUGUUGAAUGUAAUUUGGGAGAUCUCCAAACCAUUAGCUGCUGGCAUCAACCUCACAACAGGCAAUAUGAGGUUUGGUGAUGGGCCUCGUCCACCCAAAAUGGCUCGAUACGACAAUGGAGGUGGCUAUAGAGGAAGAGGUGGUGGUGGUGGCUACAGGGGUGGAUAUGGAAGCGGAUACGGAGGCGGAUAUAAUUCUUACCGUGGUGGCUCUGGGGGAAGGGGAUAUUCAGGUGGUGCUGGAGGUGGUGGUUUUCGAGGUGCUGGAGGAUACCGAGGUUCAGGUGGAGGAUACCAGAGUGGGGGAAAUAGAGGGGGUGGGUUUAGAGGAGGUUGGGGUGGUCGAGGCGGCUACUGAAGAAACUAUACUAUUACCAGAAUAAAAUGACGCAUUAACUUGUUUUCUUCUAUACUUUUUUUUGCUUAUAAUGUCGAAGUGUUCCUACUCUUGGAGUUCACAAUAGUGUGAAAUGUUGAUUUGAAUUUUGAUAUUUAUAAAAAAAAUACACAUUGAGAUCACUGUUAUUCCGGGUUAUGUUCAUUAUGAUCCUAAUAAGACACUUUAGUUUUAAAUGGAUUGAUAAUGUACUAGGCAAUGUUUCAUCUUGACAUACAUUUAAAUGACUGGUAAACUUUUACACUUGUUGGAAACAUAAAUGGAUCUAUUUAGUUUGCUCGGUGAGCUUAAUCUGCUCUUUCUCAUGCUGUAUAAUCUGAAUGGAGCCUUCCAUACUGGGCAAGAGACCAGGUUUCACGUUGUUUUAUUUAUCUGUUUAAAACAUGUUUAGGCUGCUUUUCUGCAACUCAAAGCAGCUUGUAAAAAUAAAAAUACAGUAUUAAAUAGAACGCUGCAAAUAUCAGA